AUGAGUGGGGAGACGAGCAACUUGGCGUUUACCCAUAUUUUGGGACAGGGUCGAGUGAAUCAAUUGGGUGGCGUGUUCAUCAAUGGCCGUCCUCUGCCACAACACAUUCGUGCGAAGAUCGUCGAGAUGGCGGCAAGUGGAGUCAAACCUUGCCAGAUCUCGCGUCAACUUCGCGUCUCGCACGGAGCCGUGUCAAAGAUUUUGAAUCGCUAUGCUGAAACGGGGAGUAUUUGCCCAGGACAGAUUGGUGGAAAUCCCCGUUCUCGUUUGCCCGUGCAAGCCGUUGAGAGACAAAUCCUCGACGUGCACGACUCACAUCCCGAUCUCACUCCCGUUGAAGUCCGAGAGAAACUCGUUGAAAUUGGAAUCUGUGCCCGAUCAACUGCCCCGAGUGUCUCCUCGAUAUCAAGACUACUUCGUUCUGUCCGCUCUUCAGCACAAAGUCCGACCGUUUCCGAGCCACCCUCGGCAGCUACGACGAAAAAACGUUUGAGCCACUCAAUUGACAGCAUUCUCGGGCUUUCAUCAGAAGACGACACCAAAUCGUACACAUCGACAUCAACUUCUUCGUCGGAUGACGACUCAACCCUAUCGCCGAGCGAGCCACGAAGAAAUCGAACAUCGUUCAGUAGUGCUCAAUUAGAGGUUCUGGAGACAGCUUUUCGAAAGAACACAUAUCCGGAUGCUGCUGAAAGAGAAACCCUCUCACAACAGGCAAAUCUAACCGAAGAGAAGAUUAUGACUUGGUUUUCGAAUCGUCGUGCUCGUUGUCGGAAGAGUAUCCCAUUGAAUUUGGCGGCUGUUGCAACAGGACUCCUCCCACCACCGCCCACUCAUCUACAACAAUCAGCUACGGGUUUUCCCUUCCCCACCCCUUCACUUUCAUUUCUUCUUCCUCCUCAGCUGAUGUUCCCGCAAUUUGUCGGCCUCAACCAUGGA